AUGGCUGUUGCUAGCAGUCUCAGCACCGCACGCUUGGCACUUGUCUCCACACAAUAUGUAUCUCUAUGUGUUUCAGCUAGCGCUGGUACGGGCGACGACGACGUAACGCGAUACCCAGUCUUGAUAAAAGUUUGUUUAUUAGGACUCAGUCCAUCCCCAUUGACCACCAUUUUGGUUAGGGUUGCUGAUAGUGUAGAUGUAGCGGGUGCAGCCGAUAUUAAGAUUGAAUUGGGCUCCAUUUGCUGCGGUAUAAACUUCCACCUGUUCGCAAAAGACGAGGUCGAAGACGAGGUCGGAGUGGAAGAUGAUUCCGAAGUGGAAGACGAGGUUGGGGCGGAAGAUGCUGUGGCGGUGGAAUCGCUGCUCGCGAUCGUGGUAGUGGCUACGGUACUAGACAGUAGAGAAGACGAUGAGACACUGGAUGAUGAGCUGCUAGACGAUGAGCUGCUAACAGAACUUGUGGUUAAAGAGACCAUAGUCAAGGAUGAGCUUGGUGUUGGCAAGCUUAUCGAAGAGAUUGUUGGAGUGCUACUAGCACUGGAGCUGGAGCUCGACGACCAAAGUUUGCUUGUAGUGGACAUGCUCGAUGUUUUGGAAGAGGUGACAGACUUCGAGGAUGAAGACGAUAUUGAAGACUGUGCCGGGCUGGAAUUGCAGUCGCCAAAUCCUUCUUGA